GGUUGGACCAUCAACCCCCUGAAACCAGCAGUCCACUUCAGUGAUCCAGUCUCUUCACUUUUGUGGGUUUGGUCCAAUUUAGAUAAGUAUUUUGGAUAACUGUGUCACAGUUUUCAUUAGCUAGUCUGUUUCUUAGGGAGUAUGCUUGUUCAAUUCAUAGUAGUCUCGAAGAUAAGAUAGAUUUCAAGUUUGUUAAAGAUAUGAUAAUGCAUUUGUGGGUUCUAAAUUUCUGAUUGAUUCCAUGGUUUCCUUUGUCUUCUUGGUGAAUUUCUUUGAACAAGAUUGCAACUUUGUUCCUGUAUGAGGUUGAAAAAUGUGGGCUUAUUUCAUACACGUUAUUAAUGAGCACUUCAAUGGUGUUAUGUGAUAACUUGGUCUUUUUCGAGGGAAAUGCCAAUAAAAGUUCCUUGAAUUAUUCACGUUGUCUGAAAAGUGGUUUGGUUCAGUUGAGCUUUGGGAGGAAAAGAUUUUGUGGGUUGGUGCCAAAAGCCAAGAAAAAGCAUUUUAAAAGGAGGAGUUGGUGGCAGAGGUUCUUUUUGGACGAUGAUGGGAAUUGGCUUGGUCUAAAGGAUGAUGAUAUGCUUGAAGAUUCGUUGGAAUCAGAUGAUUCAGGGGAUGAGGCGUUAUCUGGGGAUGAGGAGUUAUCAGAUAAUGAGAAGUUUGAGGCUUGGAAAAGGAGAGCUGAGGCGAUUAUUGAGUUGAGGGAAGCACAGGAGGAUAGUAGGAAUGAGGAGAAUAGGAGGUGGGAGGACUGGCUUGCAGAUGAAACAAAUGAUAAUGGCAAUGACUCGUCGUGGAUUCAUAGCUCGAAUGGUGCAGUUGGAAAAUCUGUAGAGGAGGCUAGGGAAGAUCCUGUUCAGAUGAUACCUAGGGGAGGUUUGGUGAAGUCAGUGAGGGAUGCGAUCUUUGGCAGGGAAGAUGAUGAAAUACUAUAUGAGGAUCGUGUUUUUCGUUAUGCAUCAUUCAAUUCAGCUAAAUUUUUGGCAGUAUUGAUAAUAAUUCCAUGCACUUUAGACUUUUUGGUUCACGACUUUGUCCUUAUGCCGUUUCUGGACAGAUAUGUCAAGACAGUACCAUUAGCAGCACAGAUGCUUGAUGUGAGAAGAAGUCAGAAGCUUGAAAUGGUCCAGGAGAUAAAGCUGGAGAAAGCCCGGUAUAGGCUUGAGGUAGAGAUUGGUAAAUCGCCACCUCUCUCUGAAGAGGAGCUGUGGACGGAAUUACACCAUAAGGCGUUAGAGUUACGAGAUCAGCGGAGGCUAGAGAAUCGUAGAGCAUUUGCCAAUAUAUGGUCUGAUAUUGUUUUUGGAGUAUCAUUGUUCAUUCUUUUGUACUUCAAUCAGAGUCAAGUAGCUCUGCUGAAAUUUACUGGCUACAAGAUGCUAAACAAUGUUACAGACACGGGGAAGGCUUUUCUAAUUAUACUUGUCACUGAUAUAUUUCUAGGGUAUCAUUCAGAGUCUGGUUGGCAGACUGUAUGUGAGAUAAUAGUUGACCAUUAUGGUCUUGAGGUUGAUGAGGCUGCCAUUACCAUUUUUGUCUGUUUAGUUCCAGUUAUUAUUGAUGCUUGCGUGAAGCUCUGGUUAUUCAAGUUUUUGCCAAGGUUAUCCCCAAGGGUAGCAAAUAUUUUCAGAGAAAUGGAGAGGCAUUAGAGAUGAUUCUUUCUUUUCUACGUCUCUCUGUCAGAAGUAGCCACAAGUUACAGCACUUAGGACUAUUAUUUUUUCCGAUGCUUGGUGGAUACAUGUUGUAUUUGUUUCAAUAUAGAGGCUUUUCAGCAUUGUAAGUUGUACCACAACAGAGCAACCAAUUUUUUGUCUGGUUUAGGUGUAAAGUAACAUUCUUUUCAUUGGGGGGCUACAAACCAGAUACCAGACAUAUAAUUCCAUACCAUGGUCAAGAGUUGUUGUAAAUUGUGAUGAGUGAUGGAGUGCAUCCUGUUAUGAUGAAAGAAUCAUCAUUAUCAUUUUUAA